CUUGCGGAGGAGCUCCCAUGGCGUGAAAAUCGGAAGCACAGUUCAACGAUAUUUCAUCACGGAAGUUUGAAGCUUGAUAAUAAUCAGGAUGCACGCGGUUGGAUUGCAUUCGGCGCUGGCCAUCAAGCGUCAGAGAAAGCGUCGGGACGAGCAGCGUCGUGCCCGCGAGCGUCGUUAUAGCGCGCAGUCGGGCGAGAGCGGGCUGACAUCGCCGAGGGCAUCGACCGAUUCCUUGGACCAUCCGCCGAGACACCAUAAACAUGGACAUCCGAAUCGUUCCGCUGGCCAAGGGAUGCUGGAUACGAAGGUGGUCACGUCGAUCGGGAUGCUUCACAUCGGUGUGGUGUUCCUUGUACUCGGAGGUUUUCUUCUGAUGAGUGGCUUGUUACCCGGGGAUCUGGCCCAAUGGGGCACCAAAGCGUCUGGCGGCUGGUGGAACGAGUUGGUGGCUAUAGGCUUGUUCGCCAUUAUCGUCGGUAUAUUCCUGAUAGUCCUGAACAGAGUGAUCGCGAAGAGGGAGGAGAACGAUUUGGAGGAAUACGUGCAGAGGCAAUUGACCAGGUCAAGGUCUGGACAUAGAUUGGAAAGGGACGUCGAGACGGGCGGGUUAUCCACGAAACACGCAAGAAGAGCGAGGCAAAUGCAGCAAAUGAUGGCCAGCGAAGUGGAAUCCAUCGAGUCGCAGAAUGAGAAAGAAUCCGAAGGAUCCCCGCCCAGAAGUCCUCCGCCUGCUUACUCGCCGCCCCCGACGAUGAACGGAGAUCAUCAAACGGCACAAUCGACCCUGUUCCUCGAGCAGAUCACCGAGGAGGAGAUCAUCAGCGAUCGCGUGGAAACGUCAACGACCAACAGCUUGAGUCCUGGCUCGCCUAGCGAGACACGGGAAUUACUCCAGAACCCUCGCCAUUCGAAGCAAAAUGGUAACCCACAGCAGGUUCAUCGACCGCUCUACGUGUCCAGGAUCUAGAUACCGGCAGAUCUUUGGUAUACCUUCUAUGUUCAAAGAACCGCGAGAAUCUCGUAUCGGGAGCAAAUUCGAGGAAGAAAAUUUUUACGAGGACAAGCUUUUAUAUGUACGUCUCCGAACAGCGUAUCUUCUACUGUUUCUACGUUAUCCUGUCGAUUGUUUAUUUCACACGGAUAAGCGAAACGAUCGAACAAUCUGGCAGUUUGCUCGGAAAUCGUUUAGAGAUGAUUUUCCAAUUGCAUACGUGUUGAAGAAUAGAAGUAUAUAAACGAAGAUAUUAGAAAUUGAACAAUUUAGGAAUAUAUUGAACUUUUCAAUCAACAAUUUUCAAUUUCUUUUUCUUAUCUUAAGUAGAAUUUUGUUUAGAAUUUAUUCACGUUACGAUAAAUCGAAUAUAUAAUCGUUGUAGUUAGUUGUUCGAAGUUAUCGAGAUUUCACUGAUUUAUUUAUUAUUGUAGGCAUUUCAAAUUGAUUUAGUACGAAGGAUCUCACUACCAUAAAUGAUUUCCUAUAAUAAUAAUAAUAAUAGAAAGUGAUUAAACCUUGGGACCAAAGUUUUGUUCACUUAUGUAUUUUCACCACGAACAUUACAGUAGAUAAUUUCGUUUCAUUUAUACAAUAGCGAUUUACAUUGGGACAGUAACACGAUGCCUUUUAAUUCAAAUAAAUCAGUUCGAUUCCGAUCAUCAGUUUCCACCAUACCUAUGUAAAAUUUUCUUAUGAAUUUUUUAAAUAUCUUUCAUGCCUGAACGAUUUUACGAUUCCCAUAAAUCUACUUGGACGUCCAUCGAUGGUGUAUAAAUGAAAGAGAACAGCAUGUAAUGGUAUAUUUGCAAAUUUUAUAAUAAUUUGAAUUAAUCGAAUUAACUGAUUUCAAUCGUGUUUUAUCAGAAGCAUCGUUACAAGGCAUGCAAAAUAACUGAUUGGCUAUAAAACGGAUAACUAAUUGAAUCGACAAGUAAAUUUUCAACAAUUGAAAUCUCAAAAGAGAAACUAAUUAAUUAUCUCAAGAAAUUACAGUAGUGAGGUCAUUUAUUUUUACUAUCAAUAGCGUUUCUUUCAAAAUGAUACGACAUCUCGAUAAUUUCAGUUCACGAAUAUUUAAACUACAAACACAAAUUUUCAAUUACCACCUUUAUAAUUAACCCUUGCACAGCGGAGCCUGGCUAAAUUGUGACCCAAACUUACCAUAAAUAUACAGAAGGGUUUUCUAAUUUUGAAAGGAACAGUGUAAAAUUUAGAAAAUGAAAAUAAUACGAGAUACAAAAUUGCAUUAAAAUUGGGGCUCUCUCCAUGGUCCGCCGUUCGAGGGUUAACAAUUCAUACGAAAAGACGACGAGAAUUAAACGGUGCAACGAAACGCGUGUAGCAUUUCGACAACGCCAAAAACGAGAACUCUAAAUCAUUAGGAAGCAAGAAGAAUCUUCUCUGAGAAUAGUAUGUUUACGUAUCUUUUAGACCGCUGUCUGACGGUACCCUUUGAAUUUGCUCGCUGAUUCGUCGAGUGCGAGUCAACGAAGGGAGAAGGUGAAAGAGGAAUCCGAAAAUUGCAUCUGUAUCGAACCCAUGAAAUGAUAAAACCUUUCGUCCAUUAAAGCUUUUACUAGGCUGACGACUUCUGUAGUAGAGUUAAGGAACGUCUUGAUCAGUUGAAAGUAGGUAGGUGUAAGCGAUCAUUCGAGGUGCGAAAUUUUCCGAACUCUCGCGGUAUUCGAAGAACGACGGAGAGAAAAGGAAACGGGAAAGAGGAAAAAUUCUGAAAGAAGUCGUCUUGGAGGGUCGAUCGAAGCACCGACCUAAGCGACGAAAAAAUGAAUUCAACUAUGUGCAUUCAAGGACCAAGAUUUAAUUAAUUCGAGGAGCGAGGUGGAACAAUUUUAAGGAAGAUCUCGAAGAUAACGAUGCCAAAGAGAGGACGGAAGUAACGCGUAGAUGAUAUGUUUCUUCGUUCGCGGAAUAUCACUAAUUAAUCGUGUGUGUCAGAAAUUUGCUUUAGCAGUCGUUUAAGGAGAAGAGGAGAGGUCUCCGGCGCCAACAUACUCAUUACACAUAAUAUUUAAAUCGUAAGUAACAACGGACUCGAGAUCGGGACCAUCUGUUAGAAGCACAAUUUAUCAAAACCGAUGUUCUUUAACGUUUAAGAAAGUUGGUCUCGAUGUCACGAGUCUGAUAUCAGUCAUUGCACAUGCGAAGUCAACGAAAUUCAUAAGAACGGAUGAAGUUGUAAAAAAGACGCUCCCAUUUCAAUUUCGAUGAUUUUUGAAUAUGUUGCAAAUUCGACAUUUUAUAUAACUUUUCUCUUAGUUCCUGAGAUAUUCGCGAAAAAUAUCGUUAUUACUACAGUGAAUUCUGUCUAUAAAUGUAAGCAAAAGUUCGGUCCUGAACGUUUUGCUUUCAUUGAAUUUUUACUGCAUUGUGGUGGCACUGCCUAUGAGUUCACUAGCGAAAGGAUCACCCUAUAGGUUAGAGAAAAAAAGUUGUGUAAAAUCUAGAAUUUUACGAUAUAUUAAAAAAUCAUCGAAAUCGGAAGGGGAGUACUCUUUUCCACAAAUGCAUCAAGAAAUGAGACCUAACAAUUGGAAUGGUUGUCGUUAAGAACUUUCUACAAUUAUUAUAAUUGGUUCCAAUGGAAUUUCAGCUCUUUUCCUUUUAUCAAUGAAUUGUAGAAAGUUUAAGUAGGACUUUUUACGCGAAGGAAACAUUUAAAUAGUAAAGUGCUGUGAAUCUCGAGCAAUUUUUAACUUUAUGCAAAUUUAAAGUUAUAAUUGUUAACUGUUUCUUAAAGAAUAUCAUUCUUCAAGUACUAAGAUAUUGGCUAUCUGAGGUCAGUUAAAUACGUUUCUUCUCUAUAUUCAUUACCUCAUUCUUCAUCUCAGAAAUAAACAAUCAGUUAAGACGAAACGAACAAAACGAAACGAAAGUGAACAAUAAAGUAUACGGUAGUAACUGAACGAAAUCUCUCCGAUAAUCAUGAUGUGUUACCGCAGGGAUAGGCAUCAAUCUCGAUACAGUAGCCGUUCGAUAAUUCCCUGCCAUAUAAUUUUCUGUUAGGAACGCCCCAUGUUCAUAUGCAUUACUCACCCCUGCGCGUCUACCCCACUAUCUCGCUUAGAUAAUCAAUGAACGUAUAGCUGUGUCACAUAAACGAACUGUGAAAAAUGCGCACAGUUCUUUAGAAGGGCCACUUCUAGAGCCCUAAAGACGAGGAAUUAUUGAGCAGCUACUGUAUACCAUAAUUGAGCACACAUCAACACGUUCGGUCAUCUUAAUUAUAAAAAUCAUUGACAGUGGAGAUCGAGGCUAAAAUGGCACUGCCAUGAAGUACCCUUUUAUGCCAGGUACUGUACAGAGCUGGAAAGAAGUCACUCGAGAUGACACAGGAUGUGAUCAUUUCGAUAAAAGAUGAAAAUUUAUUUUUUUUUAUUUCUAUGAUUGUAUUAGAAAAGAGGGAAUCAUAUGGUAAUACAAUCGAUAGGAUCUACAUUCCUUCCAAGGGCCAUCUUUCCAGAUCGGUACAGUGAUCAUAUACCCCACUAUUCCAUCCACAGCAUCCGUCCCUAUAACGCCACCCUUCCCUAUAGAGCUGCUAGUAAAGUAGGCUCGAGCUCCCAAACAUUCCAGACAUAGGCAUUUUUUGUUCCCAUGCCUGGUCUAAACGCACCAUAAUGAACACAAUGAAACUAACAAUGGAAGAGAUUUCCCAAGUGAGCUCCACCGACUGAAACGUUUAAUUCUGACCCUGAUUAACAUUCUACGUGUCGAAGACAAAUAACGAAUAAUCUUUUGAAAUAUUUGUAUCUUUAUAGAACAACGAGUGAUUGAGAUAAAGUAUUUGUUCCAUUAUUAUAAGUCACGAUGGCGCACGGUGAAAAAGACGAAGAAAAUAUUAUUGAACAUACGACGAAUUGUACAGGCGAUUAAAAUUGAAAAUUGCAUCCAGAUUCGAGCACGCUUAUCCUUACAUUUCGUUCGCAAUAUCUUGGUAGCAUCAAAACGAAUUACAUUUACAUAUAACAUAUCUGCUUUCUCAUAAAUGCAUUCAAAUUAAAGGUGUGCGGGUAUUCGAGAAGACGGGUUGGAAUAUUGCAUAGGUGUGAAAAAUGGGCGAAAAAUAACGAUUUUCCGAAAAUUCGUACAGCAGGGAAGCUUGGCUGAGUUGGUUCAAAUUUUUCCGCACUAGUUCGAUCGGCGCGAAUUUUAUCGAGUUCGCCUGAGCCCGUAAUUUCGGAUACCCCAAUACCCUUAAUUGAAAUUUAUACACGUUGCUUUUAAGAUUAUUAGUAAAGGCAGUUGCAAUCUCUUUCGGUGUUCCGAAUCAGGGGUUUGGAGUAUCCAGUGUCCAGUGACUGAUAAAUCGGUAUCGUUAAGAUAGUUGGUAAUUUUAAUAUGCUAUAUUCCAUUUUAUAGUACCAUGGGUAUUUAACUACAUAUGCUAGCUUUAGACGGCGAGAUAAUCGAAAACGACCCGAUUCACGUUUUUUCGCGUUUUAUCAUUCUUUGUUACCGAUCUCGCGUAAAUAGAGCAUGCUGAUUAUUUAUUUUCUUUUCUUUGGGAAAAUUAUACGAACGUGUUACAGACAAUAGAGAGCUGUAAAGAUUCGAAUUUUCGUUGCAGCACAAAGUCUGUCCCGCAAACCUGGUCGUUUUCGAGUGUCUUCAAGAAGAAAUUGCCACGCUCGGGCGCUACCAUUCUGUGAUCCAAUGAAAAACUUAAUUAAUUAAACUCAUACCGACAAAAAAAGGUGGAUAACAUUCUUUCGAAGAAUCUUACUCUGUACAUAUAUAUAUUAUUAUACAUCUCUACCUUUUUUAAAUUGGGGCACCGUGUAUUUAUUAACGAGAAAAGAGGGCAAGAAACGAGAGAAAUGUCGAAGACAAGAUAGGAAAAAAAAAGUGAUGUCCCCACUUUUCGUAUUUCGCGUAAUUCCAACUUUUUGUGUGCUCCUGCAAGGCUAAGAAAGAAAGGGAGGGAGGGCGCGAAACAGAGUGAAAGAUAAAGAGAGAAAGGGUGAGAGAAAUUGGUUUACACAAGGAACGCUCAAAAGAAAACAAAAAGAUACAGUUCGGUUAGAUUGAAUGUUGAGUGAAAGUGCCUUUUGCGAUGUGUUUUAUAUUUCGUGUAGCUUUUCGGUGUUGAAGGGAAACGACUUUUUUUUUUUAUUGAUAUGUUCAUGGAGUUUUCUCUAUCGCCUGUGACGAUCAAUAAUGUUUCACGAUUUUUCUAAUUUUUUAUAAGCUCGAUAUGUAAGUUACGAAUUUCUUGCUAAAUUUCUUGUGUAUUUUAUAAAUAUAGGGUGUUUCAUAAAUGAAGGAAUAAUUUUAGGGGUAGUAGAAUAAAUAAUUUAUAUUACGUGUACGGUUUUCCCAAUUUUUGUAAAUAAAAGCACUUUUUUAGAAAAUUGGUACAAUAUCAAUGCAAUACUAAUUUCUGAAGGAGGUAAACUAAAUUAUUUAUUAAACAAUUAAAAUUUUUUGAAUAUUUAUGAAACGCCCUAUACCUGAAACCAGUAACUAUUGGCAUCUGAAUUGAAAGAAACUAUAUUAAAUGUUUCUCCAAAAAGUGUUUCCUAAUGAAACGUUAUGUGGACAAUGGUUCACAAAAUUAAACUUAUCAAAUUGCAUAGGCAAUUUAAAUAUCAUUUGUAUACAUCUUAUAAUAUUCUUAUCCAUAUCUGAAUUACGUGUAAGUGUUAAGAUGAUGUUACCAAAAUGAAGAAAAUUAAAACAUUCUAUUUUCUUAUCUCGAAAUUAACGAAUAAUUAUUUGUGUAAAACAAUUCUACAAUGUUUAUGAAAAGAAUUUUUAAUUAGUAUGUACAGUAGCGCAACUGAGGGUAGAGGGGUCAGAAUUACAGAAAAUUAAAAUUUUGAGAAUUCUUGUUUAUCUAAGGAAACUUAGAUAAUGUACAAUGUAAUAAUGUACAACUAUGGACAUAGGGCACUUCUUGCUGAGCAUACCUCCCUUAUAGCAUAAUUAUGGUUGCGCCAUUGUCUAUAAUGAUGAUAUUUAGGUGACAAUAAUUAUUGGUUUAUCAAAAAACGUUCAACGUUAUUUGUUACCGCGGUACCUUUUAAUAUAAGAGCGCAUACAAUUGUAAAGAAUUAAUUUACUUCUUUCAUUCCUUCGAAACUGAAAGGCUGAAAUUGCAGAUUAACUUUAAUCAUAGGUGAUUCAGUACUUCUCUUGUAUUCAUUUAAAUGAUCUAUCUAUUAUACAUUGUACAUGUAUAUUCUCUGAAAGGUAAACUUAUUCUAUAUUAUACCGGGUUGUAACUUUUUAUUGCUAUAUAUUAUAAUGGAUUUUUAACGCACGACAGAUAUCUUAUUAGGAAUCGAACCUGUAUCAAUAGAGAGACGGGGUUAAUUGAAAAUUGACGGUUUCCACGGCACGUUAAAACGAGAUACAGAAAUAUCCUAAAAUAAGUGGUACAGUUACUUUUACCUAAUACCUUGCGCACAUUCGUACAGUUUAUCCAACGAGACGAGACAGUAAAUUCGAAGAAAUUCACGUGCUCGAAGCAGGCCCAACUCACAGUAAAUACACAGAUCUCGACCGAAGCGUUUGAAGAACCGGAAGCAACUGUGCUUCGAUCCUGCGUUGACCGCGUGAAUUUGUAAACAUAUACUGACUCGUCUCAUUGGAUUGAUUAUAGAGUGUGAAAGCUUUAAACUUAUGAAAUGAAACUUCGUGUUAUUAUUGAGGGUCUUGUCGAACGGUCAUUGAACCAAUAAUGUCUUAUGAAAAAUUAUGUAUAUUUAUUUGUUCAAAUGAAAAAUAGUAAAAAAUUUAGAAAAUGAAAAUAAUAUGAAAUAUAAAAUUAAAGUGAAAAUAGGGUUCUCUCUAUGGUCCGUCAUUCGAGGGUUAAAAUGUUAAAGGUUCUUGAUAGUUUUCAUUUUUAUGACUAUAAUACGUUUGCCACGUGAAUGUAUAAUUUAUAGUAUUUAGUCUAAUUUGAGCACCCAUGUUAAAAACUGAAGGAAAAGAAACUGGGUCAAUGUGCCUCUCCGAAGGGACCCUCAAGCACGAGAGGUACUUUAAAGAAUUUCAUCAGGACAUUCGCAGGACUAUUUUUCCUACGAUUGCGAGUUUAAUAGUGAUAAGCAAAGCGUUGAUGGGUUAAUUAACGAGAGAUGAGUCUCGCGUGGGUGGCGUGCAUCGCACGAGGCGGGCACAAUUUCUCGUAUUGAGCGACUAAUACAAUUUGUGAAAGUUUACACUUUACGCUCAGUUUAUACUAGAUCGUAAUCUUGUUCGGUAAUUAAUUUUUUUCUCAAACUUCAUUACAUAGAAAAGGAUUAUUCAAAAACGUAAGAUAUCGUGAAAAAAAGAAUGGCAUCACGUGAUGUCCCUAGCUGUAAUGACACUUACGCAUGCGCACGCAACCUCCUAGCGAGGAAAAAGUCCCAGAAUCGCGUAUCACUAUACGAAGGGAUGGAAACCACUAUGGUCUAGUAUAAACUGACCUUUAUUCUUCCAAGCGCGCCUUUCCGUGGCAAAAUUGAUAAAACAACCGUUUUACAAGUCUUCUGUAUACGGGGAUGGUUCCAUCGAGACCGUAAUAGACCCGCGACGUUCCCCGCUUAUCGAUUCGACGUUCCGAAGGAUGGGAAAGAAGGCGAGGCGGUUUGAAACGAGGAACUCGAUGAGACUUGAUAGAACAAAGAAUUCCUUCGUGAACUCGGAAUCGAAAUUUCUUAGUAAUAAGAAAUCCGUCGAUCCUUACGAAGGGUAAAAUCUAUACCGUUGUUUCCUUGUUAAGACGUUUCGUGUAACCGUGAAAUAACGAGUUCGCUGCAGAAAAGAAACUGAAGAAACGAUAAGGGAAACAAGGGAAAAAUUGAGGGGACCUCGCAGUUCUGACGUCUUCGAAAGGAAAGAAUAAAUCAGAAUUUAUGGUCGUUACGAUAGCGUUCUUAGGGAACAUUUCGAGGAAUGAAAUCCCUUCGAAAGCGAUUAAUUUAACGUGUAAGCUUAUUGCAUGUACAAGUCCUAAGAUAUAAAAAUACACGAUAAGGGAGACGAAUGGCUGGGAUGAGCGGUGACGAUCUUUAUCAUUGUUAUAAUUAUAGUUCUUACAUACAUUAUUGCAAUACUUAUUACUACCGCAACUGUUAUAAAUAGAUAUUAAGAAGCUUUCUUAUGCCGUUUCUCUAUUGUACCACUUAUAUACACAUGAUGCACGACUUUUCGAGAAU